CUCAGUUCGAAGUGAAGAAUCAUGCAAAUCUAAUAAAGAACUUCCUACUCGAAGUGGUGAUUACUUAUUAAACAACUUGCCUCCGCGGCCAAAACCUCCAAGUCGUCGACCUUCAGCAAAGAAUCGUUACAGGUGACUCGGAUCGGACAUCUCUCUUGGAAAGAAAAUUUCUUCGAGCAUUUUGCUUCUAAUUCUGGUUUUGCAGUUUGUUUAAUUACAAAAUGCGUGAAGAUAGGAAUUUCGGAAAAAGGGGCGAAACAAAUUAUGGCAUAGAUCUCGAAGACGAACAUUUGAAAGGAACAUUGCAGCUGGUCGAAGAUGUUCAGAAACAGGAGAGGAAUGGAAAGCCAAAGGAUUUGGAUAUCGAGAAAAAAGAAUUUUCCAUCACACCACCGUUCCUACUCGGAAAAAAAUCCAAGAAAGUUCGUGACCAAGGUGAAAAAAACGUCUCUUUCCUAGAAUUGUUUCGUUAUUCGAGUACACUUGAACGAUUCAUAUCAAUUCUCGGUGUGAUAUCAGGCCUUUUGGCGAGUUGCUCUCUACCUCUGAAUGUUAUUAUUUAUGGAGAGUUCACAGCUUUGUUAGUGGAGCGCACCACGCACGCGAACUCAACUCCGACGAUGAUAUUAGAACUGUUUGGGGGAGGAAAAAUUAUAGAAAAUGCAACUGAUGAAGACUACAUGGAUGCCUUGUAUGACGACUCUGUGGCGUUUGGAGUUGGAUGUACAGUGAUAACACUAUUUCAAUUUAUUACCUGUCUCAUCAGUGUGGAUUUACUUAAUUUUUCAGCUUUAAGACUGAUUUCAAGAAUUAGAAAAUUAUUACUACAAGCAGUUUUAAGACAGGACAUGGCUUGGUUCGAUACAAACACAAAUAAUAAUUUUGCGGUCCGCAUUACAGAAGAUUUAGACAAAUUGAGAGAUGGUGUAGGUGAAAAAAUAGGAAUCUUCACUUACCUCGUGAUGUCCUUCGUGUUUUCAGUUGUUGUGUCGUUUGCUUAUGGCUGGAAACUCACUCUGGUAGUUCUUAGUUUCGCACCAAUCAUUAUUGUUACAACUGUUCUAGUAGCAAAGAUUCAGAGCAACCUGACAUCUAAAGAGCUUCAAGCAUAUUCAUUAGCUGGAAACGUAGCUGAAGAAGUUUUAAGUUCAAUUCGUACUGUGAUAGCUUUUGGCGGAGAAAGCAAAGAAAUAGAAAGAUACGCCAGUAAAUUGGGGCCGGCCAAUAAAUUAUGUUCAAGAAAAGGUUUGUUCAGCGGUUUGGGCGGUGGAGUUAUGUGGUUCAUAAAUUAUGCAAGUUAUGCACUGGGAUUUUGGUAUGGUGUCACCUUGAUUUUGGAAGAAGAUGACUACAGUCCAGUUGUGCUAAUUAUAGUGUUCUUUGGUGUGAUAGCAGGCGCCCAAAACAUGGGUCUAACAUCUCCUUAUAUCGAGUCAUUUGCAGCAGCACGUGGUUCCGCAAAGUCCGUUUUUCGAAUACUAGAAAGAGUUCCACAAAUUGAUUCUCUUCAUGGUGGAGGUUACAUCCCCAAAGCGGUUGUUGGAGAUGUCGAAUUUCGUGAUGUUAGAUUUAGAUACCCCUCAAGACCAGGCGUCGAGGUUUUGAAAGGAAUAAACCUGCAAAUUAAAUCUGGAGAAACUGUUGCAUUGGUUGGCGCAUCUGGUUGUGGAAAGUCUUCUCUACUCCAAUUACUCCAAAGAUUGUAUGAUCCCAUUGCAGUUGGGAGUGUUCUUCUUGAUGGCAAUAACAUUAGACAACUUAACAUAUCUUGGUUAAGAUCCCAGAUAGCUGUUGUUGGACAGGAACCAGUUUUAUUUGCAGCUACAAUUAAAGAAAACAUAAAAUAUGGUUGCGAAACAGCAUCUGAUGAAAAGAUCCAAGAAGCAGCUAAACAAGCUUGUGCUCAUGACUUUAUCAUGAGACUCCCAGAGGGUUAUAAUACUGUAGUAGGUGAACGGGGCUCCCAACUCUCAGGAGGUCAAAAACAAAGGAUUGCAAUAGCGCGAGCUUUAGUCAGUGAUCCAAAAAUUCUUUUAUUGGACGAAGCAACUUCAGCACUGGAUGCAAAAGCGGAAGCCACUGUUCAAAGAGCUUUAGACGCAGCAAGCAAAGGACGAACUACUCUUGUUGUUUCUCACAGGUUGUCUACAAUUACAAACGCAGAUCGAAUUGUCGUUUUAGACAAGGGACAAAUUGUAGAAAGCGGAACACACCAAGAACUUCUAGAUUUAAAGAAAAUGUAUUAUAACUCCUCUGGCAGCAACACAAAUGAUUUGUCCAAUAAGUCAUCAUCAGUUGACAUGCUUGAUGAGUCUUUUCAAGAAAUUCCAUUGAGAGCUGAAGAAUUAGAUGAAGACAUUUGCGACGAACGAGCAGAUGAUAUUAGCAAAGUAAAUAUGAUGCGAUUAAUGAAACUCAAUUCUCCAGAGUGGCCAUAUAUAACAGCUGGAUGCUUGGCAGCCAUAAUUACUGGUGGAUCGCUGCCGAUUUUUGCAAUAUUGUUUGGAGAAAUAUAUGGGGUACUGGCCUUAGAAGAUCCUGAACAGGUCCUCUCAGAAACCAUCAAAUACUUUUUCUUUGUAGUUUUAGGAACAAUUACUGGUUUAGGUACAUUUAGACAGGCGUACAUGUUUAACAUCGCCGGAAUAAGACUGACUACUAGAAUAAGGUAAUAUUUUACAUUUACAUAGCAAAUGCUAAAAAAAUUUUCAUGAAUCAUUUAUGUUUCAGAUCAAUGGCAUUUCAGCCAUGUUAAGACAAGAAAUGGGAUGGUUGAUGACCAAAAAAAUAGUGUGGGUGCACUAUGUGCAAGAUUGGCAGGCGAUGCAUCCAGUGUCCAAGGGGCAACGGGAACAAGAAUUGGCUCUCUACUUCAAGCGGUUAGCACAUUAGUUACUGGUUGUCUUAUAUCUAUGUACUUCACCUGGAAAAUGGCAUUGGUGUCCGUGGUAUCUGUGCCGUUGGUCCUCGGCGGAGUAUUUUUGGAGUCACGAAUAUUGGGCAGCAGCCUACUUGAGAAAAAAGCUUUGGAAGGCGCUACUAAGAUAGCUGUAGAAGCGAUAUCGAAUGUCCGGACAGUCGCUAGUUUAUGUCAGGAAAAGGGCGUUUUAGAAAGGUACUCAAUCGAAAUGGACAAAGCAGCUGAACAAAGUAAACGAAGAAAUAGAUUGCGUGGUUUAGUUUUUGCUUUUGGGCAGGCUGCGCCCUUUUUGGCAUAUUCUUUAUCAUUAUAUUAUGGGCGUAGCUUAGUGGCUUACGAAGGCUUGGAAUAUAAAAGUGUUAUCAAGGUAUCUGAAGCUCUAAUAUGCGCUUGGAUGCUGGGACAAUCAUUAGCUUUUGCACCUAAUAUAAAUGCUGCAAAAACGUCAGCGAAAAGAAUAUUUGCUCUAUUUGAUCGAUCCACUAGAAUUCAAAGCCCGUCUGGAAUUCCUGAUACUCAGAAGGUAGUUGAUGGACGAGUUGAGUUCUCAGAUAUCAAAUUCCACUAUCCCACCAGGCCUGACAUUAGUAUACUCAAAGGUCUCAACUUGCUCAUUCAACCAGGAAAGACAGUUGCUUUGGUUGGUUAUUCAGGUUGUGGAAAAUCUACCUGCAUACAAUUAUUGCAGCGUCUAUAUGAUCCUAUUCAAGGAAAUGUGACAUUGGAUCGAGACAACAUAAAUACAAAUUUAUCUCUAAGAGAUUUGCGUUCGCAACUAGGAAUUGUUUCUCAGGAGCCUGUACUAUUCGAUAGAACAAUAGCAGAAAAUAUUGCUUAUGGAGAUAAUUCUAGAGUAGUUCCAAUGGAUGAAAUAAUAGACGCAGCAAAGAAGGCCAACGUUCAUGGUUUCGUUUCCAAUAUGCCUUUGGGCUAUGAAAAACUGGGAACUAAAGGUGCACAGUUAUCUGGUGGCCAAAAGCAAAGAAUUGCGAUAGCUCGCGCUCUGGUUAGAAAUCCUAGAAUUUUACUUCUUGACGAAGCUACAUCUGCUCUGGAUGCUAAUAGUGAAAAGAUCAUUCAAGCAGCACUAGACGAAGCACGAUGUGGUAGAACUUGCAUUGUAAUAGCUCACAGACUUGAUACCAUUCGUACUGCUGAUGUUAUUUGCGUCCUGGACAAAGGAAAAGUUGUGGAAACCGGUACACAUGAAGAACUUUUGGCGUUAGGAGGAGUAUAUACACAAUUGCAUGGUCAACAAUCUAGUUUAUCAUGAUCAUGAUCGAUCAAUGUAUAUAAAAAAUUUUGGUUGAAACCAAACUUGUUCAAAUUCAAAAGCGCGUUUAGCGACACCAAAGAAAAAUUACUUGUAUUUCGGAAGAAUAUUUUUUAAUAACGAGUGAAAACUUUGAUAAAUUAUUGUAAAUAUUUAAAAUAAUUCAAAAGAGCUUAAAGAAUAACUCCAACUAUAAACAUUUGUG